AUGAACCCGCAUGAAGAAGAGGAGGACGAAGGCCCAUCUGUAGACUCUGCAAUUGCCGAGGAACGGAUAGCAGCCCGAAGAAUACGAAUACAGAGACGAUUGGAAGCUGCGAAAAGGUUGGUUGAGUUAAUCUUAUUUCUGUCUUUUAAAACUUGUAUUUUAUUUGUGUUCUGUACUAUUGUUAAGUUUUUUAAUGUAAUUGUAACGUCUAGAGAAGCUAGUGGGGAAGAUGCCGCAAAAAAGAAGCCCGUGGACUCGGAAAAAGAUGCACUCAAAAGUCGAAAACAAAUGGAAGAUAGCCGGCAGGUGACUGACAAGAAUAGUGUAUUUAUUUGUAAUCGUUAAAAUGACUCAAAAGACAAGGAAAUCCUCAUACUGACGAACAUAAACAUGUCACUGAGGCCUGGUUCAGACGUCGCUCCACUUAUGUACAGAACCUACACGUAACUGAUGAAUUAAGUACAGCAACAGAGUGGCGUCUGAAUCAAUUAGGUACAGCAGUUUUAGUUUAGUGUGAGAAAAGCAUUCAGUUUGACAGAGUCUCUUGAACGUUUGUCAAACUUAGGUGCGACACACGGUGUGCCAUCUGAAUCAGUUGUCACAUCAGUGUCACUCCAUGUCAAACUUUUUCAGUUAGGUUCGGCAUGUAUAAAGUACAGCCUCUGAACCAGGCCUGAGUGAUUUUUUUAAGUACCAGGCAUUUCUGGAGGAAAAGGAGUAAGAGUGAAGUGAACAGCCAAGAGAGAGAAACCUCUCCUCUUUCUCCCCUCUUCCCCCCCCUCCCCCGCUCCCCAUCUAAAAUCUCCUUUCCCCUAAGCCCUAAGGGAGACCUGAUACUCGGGCUACUGAGUAAUUCGUGAGAGUAUGUUAAAGAAUGUGAUGACUUAUUCUUUGGAAAAUGCUUUUUGUUAUAACAUCUAAUGGUGAUUUGAUUUUAGUGUAGUUUUUAUUUCUCUCUCCUACAGCUGAGGAUUUACUCCAUCACAAUGUGAGACCCUCAACAGCAUUGUGACAAAAUUUUUUUAAACCUUUCAAAGCAACAAUUAAUAAAGACUUAUAAGCAGGUGGUUUUAAGUGUAACUGUUGUCAGAGCUGUCACUGAAGGUUGGGGCCAUUUAUUUCCCCAGCAACCUUUCAAAGGAAACAAGAGGAAAACAGAACAAUAAGAACUUUCAUUGCGGCUGUUUGAUUUUUGAUCCUGCCUGACUAUUAAAUAAUUGCAUAUAUCGAGCAACUAGAAAUCUCAGUGACAGCUCUGUAUCACUUCUCCAACUCAGGUGCAGUCAAUAUUAUUUGAUUGUACUUGAUUUGAAGGAGUGAUAUGGAUUUGAGCUGUUUCGUACCAAUGAAGCAAUAGCAAAAAAGAAAAUAAAGCUUAAAAAUGUGUGAAUUACUACAGCAAAAUGGGUGAUUCCAAGAACUAUCCUUACCAUACCAGGGAUGGCUUUUUGUAAUUCCAAGGGCAGUGUCGGGGGGUGGGGGAGGGGGGUUGAACUGGAAAUUCGAAGGUGUGGUGAGAUACUUAGGAUUGGAAUUCGAAGGCAUGAGGGAUUAGAUCUGGAAUUUCCACAGGGGACAGACAAGAGUGUAUUCCUUGAAAACACUUAUCUUAUGGCUUUAAUCAGUCUGCAAAUAAAGCCCAAACUGAUGGCACUGGUGGGUGUUGGCACUUGUGUUUCUUAUAUCUGCGUUAACAUGGGUGAAAUGCAAAUUCAAGCAAAAGUGCUAAAACUUCUUACAGUAUCAGUGAGUAUUCAAAGAAGUUGGGUUAUACAGGUACAUAUUAGUUACAUAAUGGCUUUAUGACUUCCUGGUUGUAGCGUUUGGUCAAGCUUAAAUCUGAUGGCACAGAAUUGGUGACCAAUGUACAUGUUGCAGCUGAUGCAAGGGAAUCCAUGAGGAGAUUAGAAGAGGAAGAACAACGGAGACAAAGGUUACUCAAUUGUUUCACAAAAAAUUAUUUAGAAUUGACCCCUGUGGUAUAACUGUUUUUACUACUUAACUUGCAACCCUAUUAGACUUUAUAUAUUUGUUUAGGUCAGGAGUUUGAUGAUAGAAGUAAUAUUGUAAUGAUUUUUUUGUUGUAUUAUUUUUUUCCUUAUUUUUAAGGAAUGAGAAACUAGAAGCAGAGGCAAAAUCUGCUACAGAAAAAUUUGAGGAGGUUAGUUCUUGUUUUGUUUCAAGUAUAUUGCACUUAUUUAUUUUGUUUUAGUCUUUUUAGUCUUGUUACAUUUCAUUUUUUUGUUUUUCUAAAGUAGUUUCCUGAGGAUUUCUAAACACAAGGUGGCACUUGCCACUUUCACCUCUUUGGUCUCUUCUAAAUUUUUCCACCCUUGGCAUUAUGAACACAUUAUGAAGGUGCACUUAUACAUGUAGCUCAUUAUUAGUCUUUACGUGCUGAAUAAUUAUCACUUAAAAAUGAAUAUCUAUUGAUUUAACACUGAUUUGUUAGAAUUUUUAUGUAUUAGUUGUAAGCUUCCAAAAAUGUGGUGAUUGUAUGCUGUGUAUUGCCCUGCUGACUGUUUUACGUCAUCUCCUGUCACCAGGUUACCAAAAAAUGGGAAUAUGCUCUUUCUAAAGAAAUACCACAGGACUUAAAUGGAGUGAGUAUCAAUCACAAUGAAUUUAGCAACAGCAGAAUUGCAGUAUCUUGAUUUGAUCAUUGAAAGGGCUAAGAGUGUAGAAUGGUGUUUUUUGAUUGGUGCACUUAUUCAUAUUGUUGUGUACCUUGUAGAUGUUGAUGGAACAAAAAAGUGCAUGUGAUAGCAUGAUAGAUGAAAAGAACAAGCUCAUCCAUGAUUUUCAGCAGGUUUGUGAGCUUGUUUCUAAUGUAUUAGUUAUUCAUUUAAAUGAUAAUAUUGUUGAUAAAGUUGGUUACAGCCUGUAGACUAUAAAAAACGUUAUUGAGACUUGAUUCAUGAAGAAAUGUCACUGAUCAAAAAUGGAGCCUUGAAAAAAAUACUACACAGUUCCACUUCUUCUUUGUUAGAUACUCUGUUUAGGGAAGCAAGGGCAAAAAUGCAUCCCUUCCAACAUUCCAACAGCAUAUCACUAUCUAAUAAAGUGGCGGAUUCAGGGAGGGGCCCAGCCCCCCCCUCCCCCCCUCCCCAUUUUAGACCAAACUGAGGCCCAAAGGGCCAAAAAUUUUUUUUGGGAGAUCAGCCCCCACACCCUCAUCUAAGGGUCUGGAUGACCGCCCCCCUCCUUAUCUCAAGGUCUGGAUCUGGCACUGUAAUAAUACGAGCUAAGUUUGUGCCCCACUCCCAACCCAAGACUUAAAUAUAUAUGUUGUAGUUAAUUUUUUAUCUCAGGUAAUUUUUAUUUUUCUUUUGUUUGAACUUCAUUAGCAUACAUUACCAUACUCAAAAACAAAAGAAAAACAAAAAUUACCUGAGAUAAAAAAAUAACUACAACAUAUAUCCUCAAUGUAAAAAAUUCUCUUAUAUUGUUAUUCAUUUUUUCUAGGAACUCAAGUCCAAAGAUGACCAGUAUGUUAAAGACUUAAAGAAGGCUGUAAGUUUUAUUCUUUAAAACACCCAGAAAAAAAAUUGUGGUUUCCUUGUUUGUUUCUCUAAGAGCACUGUAAGUACAUAUAAUUUAUCUUACUGGGAAUAAAUGUAUGGUGAAUCGCCCAUGAUGUAAAGAUUUGGAAUAAGUUUAAGAAAUGAUCCUUGAUCCUUGCAGUGAUAUACACAAGCGAAGAAAUUUCUUUUCGAUAUAUACAAUGUGGGCCUGGAAAAAAUGCUGAACCACAGAAAAGCUGAUUGGCAAGGCAAAGACUGUUCAAGCCGCAAGAAGUGUUUUCAGUGAUUUUUCUUUCUCCCAAACUAUUAUCACAACGGGGGUCAUUUCUUUAUUCAUGGUUCGUACAAUCUUGAAAGUGUCUUGAAUUGUGGUAGUUGUCUUGAAAAGUCCUUGAAUUCGGUUAAGGUCCUUGAAAAGUACUUGAUUUCUUUAUUAGGUCUUGAAAAGUCCUUGAAAUUCACUACCUUGUCUAUGCCAGACAUCCGUUUUCUGUAAAAUUAGAUUAUUUCACUGAGGAAAAUCUGGCUCAUCCUUGGUGUAAGAGCCUACAUGUAUAGAACCUACAUGUAUAAAACAUAUUUGUGCUUGAACAAUAUUUUAUUUCUGUUUCUUUACUGUUGUUGCUGUUGUUGUUGCCUUGUUUAUUCUCUGUUUCAAAUGCUAUUUCUGUACCUCAGAUGUAAUUGCAAGUCAUACCUGGUCAUUUUGCAAAGUGUUCUUGCAGAAAGUAGUACUAAAUAAUGUGAUCAACCACUGUGGCUGAAGAAGUUAAAAUCAUAAAUGACUCCAUGAUGUUUUUUAGCCAAUAAGGUGUUCAAAAGGGGGAUAAAGAAUGCCAAUUUUUUGAAUAAAUCUUUGUCCUUGAAAACUGUAAUUUGUCCUUGAAAAAUCCUUGAAAAGUCCUUGAAAUUAGUAUGUCUGAAGUUGUACGAACCAUGUUAUUUGAUUUCAUAUCCAAGGCUAUCAUGUACCUGACUUUCUAUUGCAUUACCAUGUACAGCACCUUCCUUCAAAGCAUUACAAACAUCUGCACCUAGUGUUCAGCACUUUGCAGAAUGAUACAUGUAUCUCCAUUAGCUUUCAGCUUGCCACUUUGAAACUUAGCACAUCUAUUGAUAAAAGUGCCCUUGCUAGCGCUGUAUUGAUUGAUUUUGGGUAAUUUAACUUGUCCAUGUCAAAAAAAUUUUCUUUUAUAGGCUCAACUGCAAUUUCUUGAUCAAUGUAUAGAUCACUGUAGGGGUGGCUACUUUUUCAUUUAAUUAUUGCAGUGUUCAUUUAUUAAUUUUGUGCUUGUUAAUCAGGCUGAAGAUGUCGACCUCAUGGUAGAGAGGAUGGAGGAACAGAUGAAACAGCUAACAAAAGCUUAUAGGGAAGAACUAACACAGACCGAGGUUUGUUUUUAACAGAUUUGACUGUCAAGAUACCAUCAGUGAGAAAAAUUUAAACCUAGGAAUAAGAAAAAAAAGGUAUAAAAAACAGUAGGCUUCAAAUGAAAAAGAAAAUACUGAGCAUGUUAUACUCUUAAAAAGGGUUAAUAAAAGAAUAAUUUUUCUUAGGCUACUGCAUACCUACAUUAUAAUUAGCUGUAGUCUCAUUGUAACUGACUGCUGUCAUGAACAGAAUUGUUAUGGCUUGGGAGAAACAAAGUUAAAAAUGUUGUUGGAAAUGGUUUUAUUCAAAGAAGGCAUUUUAAAUUGCAGAAAGCAUUUGUUACUGAGAGGGCUGAAUUGAUUGAUAACAACAGAAAGAAAUGGGAUACUUCCAUGCUGCAGAGAUGCGACAAAGAGGUAAUGGUUGAGAGUUCUUAUACAUUUCCUACAUGUAUCAUUUUCGUGCUGGUUGGCAAUCACUCCAACCUGGCCAUGAGCCUUCAUACAGUCAUCUGGGCUGCACCUGUCACACUGUAUUAAUGGUAAAAAAUGAUAGGGGCUGGAUUGCAAGGAAGAGGUUUACCCAAGAAUGCAGACGUAUUUCCAGUCUUCAUUUUUUUUUCCCUCAGCAACACUUUAUUACAUAUAUACUUCAUUUUUCUUCACCCAAAAAGUAACAUCUGUGACCCCUGAGCUGCAAAACAAUUUCUGUGUACUAUUGAUUCACCACUUUUUUAGCAGUUAAAAUUGCGAGUUUGAGUGUAUCAAUAAUUUUAUUGUCAUAUUAUUUUCCUUUCACUGUAGCGAUUAUUUUAUGUCACGUCAUACUACAUUAAUUUUAUUUCAAGAGGUGAAGCCAAAGGCACAAAUCUUAUCCAUAGCUUUAGAACCAUUGCUUUUAAACAAAGAAAGCAGUUUUCACCAUCACAGGAAAUCUUGUUAUAGUCAUGAAAUUCACGUUCCACAGGCCAGGUAUUCUUUUGAAAAAUUUCAUCAAAAUCCAAGACACACCAGUGUAAGAAGUUUGCAACCAGCUGCUGACCUGUUUGUUGCUUUGUAUAAUAUUGUAGGUAGAAUAUAUGGAGUCACGCCGUAAAAGAGUUGAAGAUCAUGAAAAUCAGUUGCAGACUUUAAGGGUUCAAGAUGCUGAGGAGUACAACAUGGUGAAGAUCAAAUUGGAGACGGACGUACAGGUAGGUUUCCUGUGUUCCAUCAAAUUGAAUGGUUACUUUUUUGCACAAAAUAGAAGUGCUGGGUAACCUGUAUCCCAUAGUUUUAAUUUUGGGGAGGUUUUGAUACAGUUUCAUUAAAGCUCAACCUUACUGUCCAUUCAGUACUGUCCUUUCCAUUUAAGUAUUAUCUGGGUACUCCUUUCAAGAUCCAUAUUAUAGAAAGAUGUUUCUGCAGUCAGUGACAUAGGCAGCUUGAAAGAAACAAAUCUGGGUAAGGGAGGAAGGGGGCCAGGAUUUGAACCUAUGACCCUCUGGUUACUAGUCCAGAUACUCUACCACUAAGCUACAGGAGACUCUGAAAGCUAAGGCCAAUAAGCUACAAUCGCCAACAAAAUGAGUUGAGACACUUUAUUCUAAAGGGGCUUUUUAAAUGUUUUCCUGAUUUCAAAAGGGAAAAAUAUAGCUUUUCCUCCCCCAUUCCCUCCAUGCAAUGUUGUGCCUUUAGAAAACAACAAACACCUGCAACUUUGAAUGGAGGGGACAGGGGAGGGGUGUGGAUUCCUUUGUUCUCUUGAGUUACCCUAUUUGAGUACAAUGUCUAAACAAUUUUGUCUGCGAUUGUAGGUUUAUGUGACAAACAUCCUGCAUACUGCUAGGAAUGGAAUAGCUGUAUGUGCUUUAUAUGCACAAUGAUAGCAAUAUUAUGGUGAAUUUAAAGCCUGGGUUAGUUAGUGACACCUUAGUCAGGUAGUUCAACAAAAAAACAGUUUUGUUGAAUAAAGUUAGGCUACUCAUGUGAGGGUGAGUUUUAUUUUCCUUUAUGGUGUUUAGAUUUUGGAGCAGCAGCUUCAGCAGAUGAAAGCCACAUACCAGCUGAACCAAGAAAAACUUGAAUACAACUUUCAGGUCAGUCAAAUUAUAUAAAACCUGCUUCUCAUUAUAAGCUGUUCUGAUGUUAAUGAAAAUCCUGUUUAUUGGCUCAAAGACUGUGAUCCAAUUUACUUUGGUUAAAUAAUGUUAGUUGUCAUUCUGCCUUCCAAUUCUGAUCUGCAAGUGCAAAGUCUACUGACACAUGUACUGCUUUCAAAAAGUGGUAUUUGCUAGUCCACCAAAGGAGUUCCUUCUCUGGCAUUAUAUGUCACUCACAUCUUGCAUUCUUUUCCAACUACUAACUGACUUACCGGUAGUUGAUACCUGACUUAGCUUGCUGCUAGCCUACAAUCAUGUCACAUUUUAAAAUAGCAGAGCUCAAUAACAAAAAAUGAAUUAAGGCUUGUCCAGGACCAAUUUGCUUGCUUGUUUUAGUGAACCCUUUAAGUCCAAACCACAAACAUCAACUUCCUCCUAACAAUAUCGAUACAUUGUCAAGAGAAAAGGUUAUGAGAAUUAACAAAUGAUCACCAAAAAGAAAAUGCUUCAAAUGAUCUUUUAUUAAAUUCUCUCAACUGAUUCUUAAAGGAAAUGUAUGGAGAUUAGUUUGGAGAAUUUGUACGUUGAUAUUGGGACUUAAAGGGUUAAUGAUUUAGUUGGAGCCUUGCCCAUCUUGGGCAAGUGAGCUCUAAAAGGUAACAAUGCCCGGUAAGAAAAUCUUCAAGUCUUAGACUGUCUAUCACAACUCUCCUAUGUAGUCAUUUUUUGGGUUGUCAUGCAACAACACCACAAACGGCUGCUAAGGCGACCACAGACUACCGUACUGGAAAGUCUGCUAGUUUUUUGGGAAGCAAACUCUCGAGAAUGUUAAUCUUCUUACAGUAUAAUCAAAAUUUGAGGAAAUCUUCGUCUUAAGUGGCUGUACCAGGCCUGAAUUCAGCUGUGAAUUGGAGACACACACUGUUAACAUCUUUGAAAUUUACAGAGCUUGUUCCAGGCGUUCAGAUAAUAGAGCGCGCGAAAAAAAUUCACGAAGAAAAAAAUUGAAGGGAGAUUAGGAAAAGAGGAGGGUGCUCGAGUGUUAACAGAAAGUGUCAUAAUCGAACAAUAAGAGGGUAUACUGGAAUCCAGUAUAUCGGAACGAUCCUUGUUAAGAAUGUUUACAGGCGUUCCCUCACUCUCGCCCCAUUCUCCCCUCGCUUUUUCUCACCGUUUACGAUUUAAAUCGGUCCCCAUCAUCUGACCGCCGCGCUCUACUAUCUGAACGCCUGUAGCAAGCUACAAUUUGCCAUGCACAAAGGCUCACUCACAGUCAUUUUUAAAAAAUUUAUUUGACUUGUUUUAGGUCCUGAAGAAACGAGAUGAAGAAAACACGAUCACAAAGUCACAGCAGAAGCGGAAGAUCACUAGGUCUGCAUUCUUUAAUAAUAUUAGAAUAUUACACUCUGUCCCGACCCUCUGUGCACUCUGUAUCUGAUAGUUAAAGUCAUUCGACGAUCUUCCAUCAAAUCAUCAAUUGUUGUAAUAAAUUUUGUGGUUUUUCUUACAGGCUCCAGGAUGUGCUUAAUAACUUAAAACAGAAAUUAGCCAAGCAAGAAAAGCAAUAUAGGUAAAACCGUUAAACAACUUGUCAGUGGUUUUUGGGAAAGUAUAAUUUAAACUUUGGUUUAAGGAGGCUAAGGGUCUGUCCAUUGGCUUUUUGAUAGGGAAGACAACCAAGCUCUGACAGAUGAUUACAAGAGAAUUACGGAGCAGUUUAGAGAACUUCAGAAAAAGUCGAGGUGAGAAAAAUAUUCUUCGCUAACGUUUAUCAUUCUGGGUUUCUAUGAGCAAUACUUUUUCCGUAUUUUUGGAAUAAAGGACAGUAUUACCUUAUUUGCCCUCCCUUUUCAGACAUUUCCAAACGACAGAUCAAAAGAAGUUCCACGACAUCUGGGCGAUGAAUGAGGAGCAAGUUAGGGAACUGGUACACAGUGUUUUAGAGGAGGAUAGAAUUAUACAUGAGCAACAGCUGGGGUUGCCGUGGGAAGCCCCGGAUCUGUAAGUACUAUCCAAUGGCCUGUGUCUCAUUUUCACUACAUUCCAUCGAUGUCAUCGAUUGCAGCAAAAUCACCUAUUUAAGUUCCGUGACUUGUAAGUUAAGGCCAGCUUUUUAUCUGUUUGGGUGUCUUAGGGGAAAUUUGGUCGUCUUGGAAGGUGUAGGUGGCUUUUACUUCUCAUUCGAAACUGUUAGCUACCCUGAUGGGUCCAAUCGAAGUCCGAGGACAUGGAGUCGCCGUGCUUUUAUAAAAUUCUAAGGGAAGUUUUGUCUCCAUACCGAAAGCAAAUGCAAAGAAAAAUCGCAAUAUUUUGCUAAUAAAAUGUGGAAAACUCAACUUCUGCAAAAUCGUAGGAAUGUUGGUAGAUGAGCUCCGAACAGUUUAAACGAAUGUAGACUCCCACGCAGGCAUUUUUAGGGGAGUCGUAUUGCUUCAGUCCCCUCCCCACAGGGGAGGGAACUGAAAACUCAAUUAGUUCGCGUAGUUUUGCCUGGAAAUUUCAGGAAAUAUUGGCUGUCAUUGGAGGUGAUGUUUUUCUUUCUACUCUUUUUAGUCAAAUAAUUUGGUUAAACUUCACAGUGGCUCCUUCUGCAAGAAAGUCAAACUUAAUCUUUGAAUGUUUGUGCAAGAUUUUCAACCAAAUGGCUUGAGCAAGUGCUAAGCAAUAUAACGCGGCCAAUUUUACCAGGAUCAACCCACUGGUACUGUCAACUUUUGAGUUGCUUCCACCUCGCUACGACUGCUUAGUGUCCGCUUUGAUAAUGCUGCUUUUCUCAGUGACGUAGUGCUUCUUUUACAGAGAUUUUAUGAACAGGCCAGUGGAGUCAACUGCUGGACCCAAAAGGAAACAAAUGUCAGCUACUCAGAUGGCGCAUGAGAUCAUGUCUGGAGGUUAGAUCAUGAUCUUUAGUUUAAUGUUUUGCUAGUGAUACCAGCUCUUCUUGACCUUUUGUGCAGCAUUCCAACAGUAUUUGCUUUUAUACUUCCAUGUGUCUUUUAUCGCGCUAUUUUACCUUUCGCCACUUAAAUUUUGACUUUUGAUAGCAUUGACGAAACUAGCCGUUGAAGAAGCGAAUGAAAGGCUGCAUGGUUUGUUCGAUUUGGUAGUAGAAUUCUCGGAUUUUGAAAUCCUAGAUUUCCAGGAAUUUUACAUUUCAUCACCGACUCUGUAGGACCAUUUUCGGUUUUUGCUUCUUUUUAGGUAACGAAACUUUUAAUACACGUUGAUUUUCAUUGCCACCCCCAAGAUCGCGUAGGUGACCCUUUACUUCUUCUUUUAAAAUUGUUUUUUCAACAUUUACUUGCAGUCGGAAACUCAGGCCACGUUAGUAUUGAUAUUACAGGUCUAUUUUACUCUCACAUUAAACUCUCAAAAAUUCCGGCACGUUUAAUUUCGUACGUUUUAUUUGGGAUGGACAAUAUUUGGACUAAAAUAGACAAAAUAGUAAAUACCUUUCUCAGAUACUUGAGAUAGGUUUUGUAAGCGUGCAGUCGAAUAUGGCUAUACUGCUAAGUUCACUCCUAUAACUGAUUUGAUGCGAGAAAUAGAUUUGGAAUUUUGGAACAAGGUGACCACUGACAAUCACUGUUUAAAUGAUCUUCUCCCCAUGAAGCGUUCGCGGAAACUAAGAGACAGGGGUCAUGAUUAGUAUACGUUUUGCCGCUUGGUAGGACUGAUAGGUUCAAGCAAUCAGUUUUAUCAAUAGAUGUCAACAACAUCAUCAUCAUCAUCAUCGUUGUACACAGCCGUCUUUGUGUUAACUAGAGUGAGGUAUGAUGUAAAAUGGUUUGACACUCUAAUUUUACUUUUCCACUUGACUUGUUUGUGCUAUAGCUGGGACAGAUGAAGGAGAGGAUGAUGUAGAACAAGGCUCAGGCGUUAGAGAAUUUCAACAAGAUGGGCAGAUCGGUCAGGGAAAAAAGUUGUCAUCCAAAACGAUCAAGGCUAUACUGGAGCUGAUCUGCGAUGAGGCAGUGAGUAUAUACGCACAGAAUCCACAAGUGGGGUGAGAGACAUGGCCCCGCCCUCGCUGGGAACGUUUUAGGAGCAACGUUUUCUGAAACCGUUGUCAUUCCCUCAUUCCUCCCUGAAACGGACACCUGGAGUUGGUCCCUGCCGUUUUUCAGUCAUUUUAUUUGACUUGCAACAAGGCAGACAAAAACCUAAAACGGUCACCUAGAAAUGGUCCCUCGCGUUUUUCGGUCAUUUCCUUCGAUUCUCUGUAAGGCAAACACAACCCUUAAACGGACACAUGGACUCGGCCCCUGCCUUUUUUCAGCCAUUUCUUUGAUUUUCUAUUAUGCGUGUCCGUCUUAAAAUGAAGUGACGUAGUUACGCGCCGUUCAAUCGGGUAUGUUCUUUUGAGCUGUUCAGUCAUGAAAUAGGGUAUUUACGAUCGUGUGAGGGGGUUUCUUUGAAUUGUUUUAGCAUGUCCUAACCCCAUGUUAAAAACAAGACUUCUCGUUAAUCAAACCCAUGUAAAAGAUCCAAGACAGUCUUGGAUUCUGAGUUGCACGCCCUGGAAUCAAACAUUUUCUGGAUUCCGCAAUGCGGAUUGCCUUACACAGGGUGACGUUUAAAGACGCUAGUUUUCCGUGCACGGAUAAUUAUCAGGAGCAUGUUCCUGAAAAAUCUUCUUCGGAAGUACCUUCGCACGCCACCCCUCCCCUACCCCCGAAAAGUACCGCUUAGCAGCUUUCGGAUGCAAAAUUUUAAAGGUCAUUCCACCGAAAAAUAGGAAGGGACUGCGCAGUAAAACGCGAAGAACAUAAGUAUGCGGGCUUAAAAUACUGUUUAAUACUGUCAUUCUUUUUUCAGGGAUUUCUUGUGGAGUCCAAACUAACCAAACUUCUUGCACCUCUUGAAAGAGAUGAGCAGUCGCUAAUGAAGCUUGACGCCAUCUUUGCGGUAAGAAAGUUGUUGCGGUGUCUGGAAUUUUAGAUUCUUCUGCCAGACCCACGACCCACUCACACACCCCCUAUAGGCAAUUUCUCAUUCAUUGUGGUGUUAUGCGCUCAACAUGUUGUGUCAAAGUUGAAUGCCAUGGUAGUACACUGUGUCGUAGCCUUCAUUUUUUAAUACUGUUUUGCAUGUUUUUAUAUAUAUAUAUUGUUCUUUUAUAUAUUGUUAUUGCGAGUGGCGAAGCCGUGAGAAGCGGAAAGGACGGUUUUCAUUUUUUUUUGCAGACUCCUCUUGUUUUAUUUCUCGCGGGUUCACUCAUUUGCACGCUCGCCAAAUAAAACUGCCAGCCACGCAAGCUAAAUUUUACCAGGAGCCCCUAACCAUACAUUUGGGCUCCUGACUUGACUCAAUAUUGUCAAUAACUGAUCAGUUGGGGAAAAAUUUUGGGUUGGGAGAUGGAUGGGUAUGUAGUUUUCCAGAAUCUUAUAGUGAUCCUUCCUGUCUUAUGAAGGCCAUGGGUGUAGACACAGAGGACGACAUCUACCUACUGUCCAGCUACUUCCUAAACAGAGUUCCUGGGCUUGUAAAUGGAGAGCAGGCGGAGGAAGGAGCCGAGAAAGAUGUGAAGAAGGAAGACGUGGAAGGAGGGAAAGGAAGUUUGGAGGAAAAAGCCGUCGGGAUGGAUGAGGCAGAGAAGAAAGAUGACGAUGGUUCUGUGGUCUACAGCGUAGAUGACAAAGCCAGUGAUUCAUCAUCAGUCAAAGCUCAUUUGUCAGGUAACGUGUCCACGGAUUUCCUUUAACAUUGGGGACCUUUUAAGGUAACAACGACGGCGACGGCCACGAAAACUUCACUUAAAAAGUAAAUUCGCCCUGCUUCAAAAUUCUUGGCUCUUAUUCCAUCUAAGCCUCCCACGCAGACGUUCUUAGGGGUUCGUCACGCGUUCCUGCCCCACGAACGUCUGCUGACUUGAGCGGAAAAAAACGUAGACCAAUCACAGCAGACUUCCAGAUCUGGGAAGUGCACUUGGACCUUGAGAAAUUUCGCGCUUGACUAUAUAGCACCAGAAAAGAUCAGAAAGGUCGCAUGAAAGGUGAAGACCUUACAGUUUUAGUACCAACUACUCAGUUAACUCUCAAGCGUUCGUUCUAGUGGCUACCCUCAGAAUCUCGUUGAAAAAAAUUACGUCGGAGGUUAAAUUUGCUGAACGGAAGUCGGCUUUCCUACAAAACUAUAAUGUGUGAAAAAAAAUUCUGCCUUUUGUUCAUUCUUACAAGGUAACCCCACCGUUCCAUCACCCAAAGAACAACUUUAUGACUAAAUGACAUCUAAUCCAGCCUUUACACAGAGAAAUAUACAAAAAACCAACGCUUAUCUCCUAUAUUCUCGCCAGGAGCAAAAAUCUUUGGUCACCUAUCACACUCUACAGAGCUUGUACGUAUGUGUUUGGCUUGUCAACACUUUGACUUCAACAGCGCCGAUUUGAUCUCCGAUAAUCUGCAUGCGGGCAGGAAGGCGUGACGAACCCCUAAGAACGUCUGUGUGGGAGGCUAAUUCCAUCUCGCUCAGUUCAUCAAAUGUUGGCAAAUUUUUCUAGAGUUGAAUUCAGAAAGACUGUCUGAAAGUUCAGGAAAAGAAAUAGAAAGUCGUUGGCUUGUGUUCACGUCCUCCAGAAAACGUGAAAUUAUGCAUUUUCACGUUGUUGUCUUGUAGUGAUGGCAAAGAAAUGUGCUAAAAAGCGUGAUGCAAGUGCAAGGAUGCUGUUUUGCUGAUCUCAGUAAACCAAUUGCUUUUUCGACGUUCUGGCUGCUGUCACCCGUCGUCGUUGCUUUAGCUCCCUAUUAGGGGCCUUACGAAACUACGACGGCGAGGGCAACGUCAACACCAAAAAGCAGUAGGUUUAAUUAGCAAAACAACAGCUCUGCACGUGCUUCACGCUUUUUUGUACAUUUCUUUGCCGUUCCUGCACGAUUACGACGUGAAAUCAUCAAAUUUUUAAAAGGUUUUUUGAGGACGGGAAAGGCAAGGCGAUAAAUUCUACCAUCUCUGUCUGAACUCGGGCGCGGUCCCCUCUCCUCAUUUCCAACCUAAAUUCUCUUCUUUUAAUUAACUGGGCGACUUGGGAUAAUCGCGAAAUGGUUUGAAAGGAUGCGGAGUCUACAUUUCAACGAAGUUUUCAUGGACGUCGCCGUUGUCGGAUCGUAAGGUCCCUAUUAAGCAACAGUGCCGGGAAUCUGCCUCGUACCCAGACGUCUAUCUCUCCCUCUCGAUGAAAAUUUGGGCGCAAGGGAAGGUGGGAAGGAGUCGCCUCUCUUCCUUCUCCUUCCCAUGGUCCCUUGCCGAUUCAGUUCGUCACCAGUCACUUGCGUUUCCCACUCGCCUCCGAGCGAAAUUCGAAGCGCCUGAGGAGGAGACAGAAUUAGAAUUAGGAAAUUAAGUAGCGCAGAAAGAACUUGAAUUCCCAGCAUUUGGAAAUGUUAGCAAUGAGGUUAUAGAUAAAAGCCUUCAUUACUAUAAAAAGAGUCAUUGAAGUCACUGACCUGCAUUUGCUUGAUGAAUCAAAUUCUGAAUUAGGAAAAUUAUUUUAAUUCAGCUUUUGAUUUGCCAAGAAAAUUUAGCAUUUAUCACAAUGUUUUGGAAAGCUACGAGGAAGCAAUCAGUUGUGAAGUUGACGAUUAUAACACUGAGCUACAUUAGCUUGGUGAAUGAGAUUCUGAAGGAAAUUAUUUCGUUUCAGAAUCUGCUUCAACAAGCAAAUUAAGCAUUUAUUACAAUAUUUUGAAAAGCUACGAGGAAGCAAUCAGUUGUGAAGUUGACGACUAUAACUAGCCUGUUCACAAACUUGGCUUGUUUUGUUGCUGUUUUGGUUUUGCGUUUUCUGCCUUUUCAGCAAAAGACGAAAAUAUAAAGAUUAUUUUGCGCACAGGCUAGAUUGAAUGCAUUUCCUACGAACACACCCUGCCUUGUCUGAUUCCUUAUUUUCCGUCGACUCGAACUCCGUCACUUCACCACUUAGCACCGUUUAAAAAAUGUUCAGGAUUCGGGACAACGGACAAUGCUGUAAAACUGGCUCCUUUCAUUUUGUAAAAAGAAGUUCCAUAUGGUGAGAUAUACAUCACCAACCUGCAUCGGGCGUUUUUGGUUGCACGCGAGUACUAUCAUCCACUCAAGUUAUGGUCAGAGUUGAAGAGGACGCUUUUUUCAGCCCUGUUCUCUCCUGGCGUGCAUAGCUAGCGGGAUUGUUAUGCGUGGGGUAGUUUAAUCACAGUCCCCCAUUUUCCCGUAAGAUCGUCGAGAUCGAGCGCGUUACGGGCGGCCAUCUUGGAUGAGUGUCAAAUUUACUUAAUGAGGACGGUUAAACCCCGAUGCUCGCCCCCUCGGUACAUGAGAAACAUGGCUUCCGAUACAGCGUGUCCCAAAGUUUGUUCCUCUACUUUAUAAGUCUGUAUUUCAGUACGAUUGAACUUGUUAAGCAAUUCAUUGAAACAAAAGUUGCGUCUUUCAAUCUAAUUCACUAUUUUCAUACUUGUUGUAUCACCUUUUGACUCGAAUAUUCGAUUUUGUGUACUCCCACCCCAAAGGUGCCUGUGCGGGAGUAUAUUUUCCAGCCUCGUAUUUUUUGUAUUUUAUAGCCCGAAUUGCUCGAACUCCUUCCUUGUAUUUUGUGAAUAUCACGAAAGAUAAACCCCCUUAACGCAAAGAAAGUUCAGCUGGGUGAGAGCAUAAGCAUGUAUACUUCGAUUUACUGGCUUAUCCGUUGUAGAAAGUGCUAAAAACCUGGAAAAAUCCGAAUGUAGGGUGGUAAAAUGAUCGUGGAGAAAUAAAGGUUUUGAAGGCAAGAAACGAAGGGGAAGACCAAAAGUCCUGAAGAAAGCAGCUAAAAUAGUUUUAAAGAAGGCUAGAUACAAAGUAGGAGACUCAACGAGGAAGCUCUCACAUAGGUAGAGAGCCAAGUCCAGAAAGGGUCAUGAAAAGCUGUUUAAAAUGUUUGAAAUUAGAGGCCCCUGACAAAAAAAAAACCCAUGGCAAAAAAAACCCCUCUGCUUAGUCUGCCAAGUAACGCCCAGCUGGUCUCAAAUUUGUGAAGAAGUACAAAAGCCUUGCUGUGGAAGGAGGUCGAGAUGAUUAUCUUCUUCGGAUAAAUGCCCAAUGUAUAUUUUUUUUAGGUGCGUGAAAUAAACAAAUAUUGUUUGGGGCUAGACUGGCUCCUGCGCACCAGGUGAUAAAAACGCUCAAAUGGAUCAUCUGUGGCUCUACAUACUGUAUCCCACUUCAUGCCGCAAUGGGUAGAGAAUGGGAUCAAAAAUCAAAAAGCAAGAGAAAAUAAACGUCUUCUAGAAAUUUCAUGUAAAAAUAAAGUUUUGAUCAAAAGUUAUAGAGCAUGAAAUUAGAGGAACGUACUGUUGGGACACCCUGUACAGGUAAGCUCUUGAUCCUGUCGAUUUUACGAAAAAUAGGGGACUGUGAACAGUUUAUGCUCGGGGGUAGUUUCUUACGAGUUAACUUGUUCCCAAUCUCCUCGCCGCUCCGCCGCCAAAACAGUACAACACUCACAAGUUAAUCUGCACUCACCCUCUAAACCGCCAACUUCUCAGGCUAUACACCCAUCGACUGAUGGCAUUUGCUACUUUCUCAAAUAUGCCUCUGCUUUAAAAACCAAAUAAGGCUGUUGGCCAGACCCCUUUAGAACCUCUAAUUUGAUAGGUUCUUGUUGGCCCGAAGCUCUGUUGCUUCAGAGUUGGGGUUCAUUGUUAGUUGUGUUUGGGUUAGGGCCAUCUAUUGUUUUUUAAACCAAUCCUGUGAGCCGUUCUUAGAGCUUCCGGCCCACCCAAAUAAGGCAAUACACUAUACUUUAUGUGCGCUUACACGAAAAAUAAAACGCCUGCGCUACAGGCCAAUGUAUCUGGUGGUUUUAAGGUAUGUUGAAAUGUUUCUACACCACUUUCUGUGUCUGUUCCGUGAAGUAAAAUAAGAAUGUUUUAUUUUUUUUAAUUCUUUUACAGAAAUGACACAACUUAUUCACCCGAACGAAGUUGUUAAAUCAUUAAGGCAAUUUGUGCAAGAAAACCGCCAGCCCCAAAAGUAAGUGUCGUUAUUUUAGGUGGACAAAAUCCUAAUUUUUCCACUUUGAAAAAUACAGAUUCGUAAACGCAUCAUUUUUGUUUUCUUUCAAGGGAGACUAAGCGUCAAAGUAUAAAGCUUGGGACUGAAGUUGGAAGAAUUACAACGUAUGUAUACCUUUAUUCUUGAUUUGGCUAUUAUAAUAAUGAUGGUGAUGAUGAUGAUGAUAAUAAUAAUAAUAAUAAUAAUAAUCUACUAAAAAAUCUAAUAAUAGCAAGGUUAUUUAUUUUAUUUUAUUAUUUUUGCUACGCAAAAUAAUUACAGUAAGUAGCGGGAAAAGCAUAUCAAAUAGAUUAACAGCUGGGAAGUUGACUGUGGCAGAGAAAUCCCCGAGAAGCCAACGAGAUUAUAAGAAAUAGACAGGGCUUCUGAUAAUUCGCGGAAAAAAAAUCAAAUUUCGAGGGAUUUUGGGGGACAAAAUCGCGGAAAAAUGGGCCGAUUUCGCGGGAAUUUCGCGGGAAUUUUCAGGGCAAACUUGGCCGGAAAGCAGUCGGUAAAAAAACGGCGGAUUUUGUGGUUAUUUUCAGGGCAAAUUUCGCAAGAAAUCGAUCGGUUUUGCGCUGAUCAGACCAGCGUUUUUAAUGUUUUUCUAACAGAGAACAUCAUUUGCUCUUUCAACAACAAUACGCUCUAAGAAAUGAACCAAUGGCAAAGCCUUUAACAUCCUGGCUAGUGCCCAGUUUUUCGCAACAUAAUCUACGCCUGGUAGUUUCGGAACGUUGUUUGGACGUUUCAGUGACGAAGUUUUGACAUAAAUUUGCGAGUUUACGGCUAGUAAAUACCCCCAGUAGCUGAGACAAGUUUCAAAAUUGCUGUACAGACAUGUAUUUGAUAAGAUUUCGCGGUAUUUUGGGUGUUUUUGUGCAUUUCGCGGGAUUUCGCGGAUUUACCUGAAUUUCGCGGCUCUGCGACCGUGCGAAACAUCAGAAGCCCUGAAUAGAGAUUUCCCCUCACCGGCAAUUUAAAUCCUGAAGCUUGGUUUGCAUAAUAUUUAGGCGGCAUUUUAGUGUUGCUCUUUUUGUGACAUUUUGAAAUGAGAAAUGAACUUGUUUAAAUUAUUCUUAUUAUCUCAACAGACUUGACGAAAGCUUUUGGCAAAAGAUGUCCUCGGUAAUCGACUUGAAGAAAGAGCGAGUAUGGACAGCUUUGCUAGAUGGGUUUGAGAAAUAUCUGGCUGUGUUAACAGAGAGGGCAUCACUGAUACAAGAAACAGAUGCCCUCAGACAACAGGUAAGGACCGUGGUAUAAUCCAAAAUUUGUCAAAUAAUGCAAAAAUAGCAACGUAAUGGAGGCGUGCGAGCCGAGUGGUUAGGACCUCAAACACCGGAUCUGGAGGGUUCAAGCUUCUCCCGUUGCGUUAUUUCCUUAGACAAGAAACUUUUCUCCACUUUGUUUCUCUUCACCUAUUGUAAGUGUAUAAUUGGGUACCGGCGACAUACUGCUGGGGGGUGACCCUGCGAUGGGCUAUCUUCCCGUUCAGGGGGUAGUAGAAAUACUCCUAGGCAUGCUUUAUGCUAAGGAAGCCGAGAUAGCUCCGGCCGUUUGGGGCUUUGGCUCUUGUGCGCCUUUACCUUACCUUACCUGACAACGUAAUAGCAUAGAACAUACUGCUUAUAUUAAGAAGGGUUCUGUUUGAGUGGUCACACGAAAUGUAAUUCUUUCUACAGACUGGUAAGUUAUAGGAAUUUUGUGCACAAAAUAUUCCUAUAGAGUUAUGAAGCAAAUUUUAUCAGGGAGCACUAACUAUAGUAGUAUUUUGGUGAUGACUUUUUCCAGGUAUAGCCUUAAAAACUUGAAAAAGUUGGCCGAAUUUUUUCAAAUUUCAAUCCAUGUCCAUCCUUACCAUCCGCAAUACAAAACGCGACCAUUAUUUUUGAAAUUCAGUUGACGCGAAAGACUCGUUUUACUGUUUUAGAUAGGAAAUGGCGUGACAUAGCCUAGUUUGCUGCACAGCCGUUUUUAGUAUUGUCACGCAACGCUUCUCCCCCUCCUUUGUGGGGAGGAGCGUUGCGUGACGACACUAAAAACGGCUGUGUAGCAGACUAGACAUAGCCUCGUUAACAAAUGUUUUCCUCUUUGUUACUUCAGAAUGCUGAGCUAAGGAUGUUACUCCAUCAGUAUGUGAACUCUAGGGUAAGCAGUACUAAGCAUUAUCCUAGUAUCGUCUUAGUUUUUAUAGUCAAACCUCUGUACAACAGCCACCUUGGGGACAAAAGAAAGUGGCCGUUGUGGAGAGGUGGACGUUAUGGGGAGGUAGGAGUGUUUUGUGACCAUUUAUGACUUUUUUUGUCAGUCGCUGAAAACACUGGCCGUUGUUAGGAGGUUAUUCUGCCGUUGUAGAGAGGUUUAAACUUAGUAGAGUCAACAAAUAGACUGUCCGCCAGGACAAAAAGAAGUGGAAGUUGAAGAGAGGUGGCCGUUAGCGGAGGUUUGACUGUAAAAAAAUCACAUUUCGGUAAUUUUUGACGUUUACAUGUUUUUAAGGCCUAGCGACUCCACGCGCAAACCUUAGCCAACAUAUUUGUUUCCAAGAAGUUGCUUGUUUCCGUUCUGGGUUCGGUUAUCGCCGUGUUAAAUUCUAAAUUCUAAACCAGAAGAGCUCCUCUGUCCCUAAACUGGCCUUAAUAGUUUAUGUGGGCGUCUUGUCCAAGGCAUAUCCUGAAAAUUCAUUAGACGCCCUCUUUGCAGGAAAAAAUUAGACAGCAAUAUUAGAUCCGGAUAUGAUGAACAUGUUUUUUUACUUGACGCAGUUCUCUCUAAAACAAAAAGCGAUUUUUGUUGAGCAGCAAAUUAACGGCUUUACUUGAGCACCAUUAUCUAAGGCUAAACCAAUCACGCUGUUCUUGAAUCCCACUCCAAAAAUCGGCUCCAAAUUUUACAUGGUUUACCUCUGUUGCGUUUUCUUUGUUUCAAGCAUCAGUCUUACCAAUGGAAAAAUGCUAUGCCACAUUGUAAGAAGUUAAGUCACUAGGAUAGAAGUAACUAGAUUUGUAUUACUACUUUUAGGUAAACCAAGAACUGGAGAUACCUCCAACAAGAAUACUUCAGGCAGAACUCUCAAAGGAACAUGAAUGAAUGAACGCUACAUGACGUGUCGUUUUUCUGUAGAGAUGUAUCAUAUUUAUUAAAUCCGAAAUCGUUGUUUUUUGAGGAUAAGGCUUCUUGUUUCCUCUUUGCUUUUUUCGCAUAUCGCAUUUGUCCUCUGGUACUGAAAUUGCACAACGCAAGCGAGAGUCACUGCAGCCGUGUAAAUUCUUAAACCAACGCGUGCUGGACACGUUUCACCGCUCGAGGAAAUCGAAAGAUUAAAGAACCAAACACUGAAAAGCGACAUUGAUAAAAUCAAUAA